AUAAGGUUAAAGGUAACUACGGCAAGCGGGAAGGGUCAGAACUGCGUGAUCCGUCCUGCAGGAGUUUGGAGUGGAUUGUUGUUUAGGAGAAGCAAAGGAAGAAGAAAACAAGAUUUUCAUCAUUUUAAACCGGAUAAACCGGAGUUCAGGGCAGCACUUUAAAAUGCAGAGUAGAAGAAGACAUGGGCAGUCCACGAUAGGGCUUUGGCUUUUGCUGCUGUCCUGCUGCCUGCUGGGUGUCCAGUCCCAUGGGGGUCAUCAUGAGCAAGUGGCUGGGUCACCUCAGGGUGGAGAUGCGUACCCUCCCAUCACUCGCCUGGACAGGAACAUGGUCCAGGACAAAGACCACAUCAUGGAGCAUUUGGAAGGGGUGAUCGAGAAACCCGAAUCAGACAUGACCCCUCAAGAACUGCAGCUCCAUUAUUUCAAAAUGCAUGACUACGAUGGCAACAACUUGCUUGAUGGGCUUGAGCUUGCCACUGCUAUUACACAUGUACAUAAAGAGGAGAGAGGUGAGAACAGCCACCCAAUGAAAGAGGAGGAGCUCAUCCGCCUCAUCGAUGAAGUCCUCAGAGAUGAUGACCGAAACAAUGACGGCUACAUUGACUACGCUGAGUUUGCGCGGUCACUCGAAUAAAUCUGAUAGAGUGCCUACUGCCUUACUGUGAGCUCUGUUUACCUCUGAAGUACAAAUCUAAUACUGUUGAUAAUUUGUGUAUUAUAUGCGUCUCACAUCUGUAGGACAGCCUACAGUAAUACUCAGAUCUCGUCCUGGAGGACCACAGUGCUGCACGUUCCCAGGUUCCCAGGUGAUAUUCCCAGCCCCAGUACAUGCUCUUGACCUCAUAAGGCACUUCAUAACUGUUGGACAGGAAACUGUGCAGUGCAGUGACCCUCCAAGCCUGGAUCUGAGCAGUAUGGGCCUACCUCCCAUAUUACUAUAAUCUGUCAGAAUACUGUAAACUCUGAUGGGAAGAAGUCAUACGGGUUGUAUUGUGAAGUGAUGUGCAUGUAAAAGUCAUCUUACAUUACAUUACAAGAUCGUACAGUACAGCAUAAUGAACCACGUGAUUAACCCCUAAUGCAUAAACUGCCAAACAUUAUUUUUUGUCUGCUGUAAGAAAAAAAAAAAACACCCUCCUUUUAUUAUUUCUGUACUGCCAUCUUCUCAUGUGGAUAUGAAAUGAGGCAUAAUUGCAUCUGUAAAAAAAAAAGAUAUGAUGAUGUCUGCCUUACUAAGGAGAACAUUUUGAUCUGACAUGUGUAGAAAGUUGCACUGCGGUCUGUGUUUCAUGACCCCCGUGACUUUUCUAGAAGAUCGGCUCAUGUGGAUAACUGUUGCCUAAUGCCAGCUACACUGUUAACCAUGCUUCGUGCCUGUGUGAGUUCACAUUUCCAAGAAGGACCACAUGUUUUUUGCUGACUUCACUGUGGAGAACCAGUUGUAAACCUGUGGGGAACCACUGGUUGAUGUUUAUGAUUACAUAAUUGCUGUUGGACGUGUGUGUGUGUGUGUGUGUGUGUGAGAGAGAGAGAGAACAUACAGUAUUUAUCAGAUUUCUCAUUUAAGUGUUAUAAUUAGUUUUGGUUUAAUGCACUUAAUACAAGUUCUUUAGCUGAAUCUUUUACCCUGGUCACAUACUCACCUGCGAAGAGUAGUGUUUCCCAAUUAUUCUAAUUUUCAGUUGUGUUUCCAAUGGGGAAUUACUUAAACUAAGGAUUCUUUCAUACCUGUAGUUUUUUUGCUCUGGUCUAAAUAAGUUAAUAAGGGGUGUUUUCCCCAUAGUUUGAUUUGUUUUUGCACAAGGAAAAAGCACCGAAAUACAAUACAACACAACGCAACAAACCAUGUUAUUGGUCAGACCUGUUUAGGGGGGUAUCAAGAAAGUAAAUUCAGGAAGAAGGUCCUGUGUUCUGGCCUUGACAAUAUUUUGGUGUAAUCCAGCUUGGAGCAAUGGAAGGAUUUCUGAGUAAUCUACCAGGUUAAACUGCACCUGAACAGCCAUUUAUCUUAACUUGCAUAGUACAGCUGAUUUGUUAGGUCACAUCGAGGUCGGAUUACAUUCUUACAACAAACUCAGAGAUUGUUUGGAACUAGACAGAGACCACUCCCUUUAGUGGGACACAAUACAUUUGUUUUUUUCUGCACCUGAAUGCAAUUACUGUAUUUAUACCUGCCCAAAUGAAGCACAUUAAAAGUAGAUAAAAAUUGAGGUGAAAAGAUAAAUUGGUGUGAAAACACUCUUAAGUUAAGUUUCCAACUCAUUCAUUUUGUUUUGCAGUUUAGUUCACCUGCUGUAACACACUUGUUCCAGGUGUAUAAGAGCAGAGACCCCAUCAGAAUCUGAGGUUUCUAAUGCAUGACCAGGAAACACACUGACAGCUAUGGGUAUUUACAUAUUAUAGGCUGCUCAAUCUUUCUUUUCUAUCACAGAGAUUGAAUGUAGGCUGAGACUGUCACAUAGUGUUUGACAGUCUUAUCCUGAUUUGAAUAUACUCAAUUGAUAAACAUGUUGUGAUGAAUAAGAAAUAUUUGUAUUGUCCUCUCUUAUCUUAUUUAAAAUCUAAAUAUUUAAGGACCCACAGUAGCAUUCAAAUAAACCUCAUCUGUUUAAAACAAGUCAUUCAGAAUGUAAACCAAACUCUGUUAAGAUUGUUCUAUUUUCACAGUUUGAUGCUCAUGAAUUUGUGAAUAAAGUAAGACUUUAAAUUGAAUUAUUUUUGUGUUAGAACAGUAUAGCAAUAAUUUAGAGAACGUCUUGUGUUUUUGGAACUGUAAUUAAUAAAAUGUGAAAUACCA